GGCGCCCGAGACGGUGACCUUUAUACGGGGUGGGAAAGAAUGCUGAGUCGACUGCAAGAGCUGAAGAAGGAAGAGGAAACCCUUCUGAAAAUCAAAGCAGCUCUCCAUGACCAGCUCAAUAGGUUAAAGGUUGAGGAGCUGGCUCUUCAAUCAAUGAUAAGUACCAGAGACGAGCAAGAUCUGUCUCAACCUCCUGAAGCCCCUGAAGAGAAUGAGGUAAAAGUAGACGAUGAGACAGCCAUUAAUCAGACAGAACUGCAGCUUGGCUACUCCCAAGAGCAGGAAGAGAUGGAGGAAGAGGACGAGGAGGAAGAAUCUGACAACUAGGCGGAUAUGGAUAUGAUCCAGGGAAGAGACUGUUUUAUUAAUCAAAUCCUAAGCUAAAGGAUCAGUACCCAGGAGUCCUGAUCAUGCAUUAGAUCUUACUAUUCCUUUAUAAUACAGCCUUAUGCUGGCUGCAUACUAGUAUCUGCUCUUCUUCAUUUACUCACAUGCUCCUCAGUGUGCAGAGAUUUCAGCAUCUUCGCAGUGGGAGGGGCUUAUUGGACCAUGAUGCAGCAGUGCUGUAAGGCAAUUGGAUCCCUCUGAAAAGAAUAAUUUACAUUAUUCAGUAUGGACAGGGUCCAUCGUAGAUGUGAAAAGACACAGAGUAUUCCCCUGGCAGUGGGCAAGUAGAUUAGCAGCACCUAGGUCUGUUCUUUAUCAGUGUAAACCCUCUCUCAGGAUGUACAGUAUCUUGCAAAAGUCUUCAGACCCCUGACCUGUCCAAGCACUGGUACUCGAAACCCAAUGAGGUUAAUAGAAUCUUGAUUUGUCUCUGAUAGACAUCUAGAAAUAAAGCUGAAUUUAGUUUGCAGUAGUAUUCAUAGUAAGCAGCCCCAAUAAUAUAUCAUAGAGCCAGAGUCAGACUGGUCUACUAGAGGAUCUCCCAGCCUUAGUGGCCUCAGCCAAGUACAAUACCCAAUAAAGGGGUUGUUCACCUUUAAAUUAACUUUUAGUAUAAUGCAGAGAGUGAUAUUCUGAGACCAUGUGCAGUUGGUUUUCAUCAGCGCUGUGCAAUAUGUUGGCGCUCUAAAAAUACAUGAUAAUAAUCAUUUUUUUAUUAACUGUUGUUUUUGCAAUGCGAAAAGUUAUGCCUUUGCGCGAACAAAUUUUGCUUUGUGCGAAUUUAAUAUAACUUUUGCGAGCCCGGAAACUGUUUAGCGACCACUUCCGACAGUGAAAGACCGUUUGCAAAUUUUAUAGUUUGCGCCAAUGCGCAGUCAAUGUAAUAAAACUUCUUACUGAAAAAGUCGUUAUGUUUGCUCCAAAAGAUUACGACACCUUCAAGCACUUCUUAUGAGUGCGCAAUUAAAAUUCGCAAUGCAAUAACAGUUUAAGGAACAAUAUUACAUGCGAGAUGUGGAUUUUUAGUCUUAUUGGUGCGAAUUGUUUUGCUCUUUGCGACUUUUAUUACAUUCCCCUGUUAAUAUUCAGCUGUAGGUUGUUCAGGUGAUGCUUGUGCAUCUCAGUGUUCAAAUAAUGUCAGUCACUCCAGUGUUACUCUGGCCGUGUGUUUGGGAUCCGUGUCCUGCUUUCUCUCAAUCUGGCACAGGUUAUUUUUGCAGUAUUCCCAGGGGCAGUUUCGGGACUGUGUGCAGCACCAAGUCAGCUUCUCUGAUGUCUUUUCCCCAGGCCACAUCACUACUUAGUGACUAGAUUUUAAGUUAAAGGAGAACUAAACCCUAAAAAUGAAUGUGGUUAAAAGUUAAAUACUGAACCUAUUGCACCAGCCUUAUUUCAGCUUGUUAAUAGCAGCAAUGAUCCAGGACUUCAAACUUGUCACAGGGGGUCACCAUCUUGGAAAGUGUCUGUGACACUCACAUGCUCAGUGGGCUCUGAGCAGCUGUUGAGAAGCUAAGCUUAGGGGUCGUUGCAAAUUAUCCAGCAGAAAAUGAGGUUGGCCUGUAAUAUAAACUGAUGCUACAGGGCUGAUGAUUAACUACUGAUGCUAAUUGCACUGAUUUUUGUGCUGCCAUGUAGUAAUCAUCUGUAUUAAUUACUAAUCAGCCUGAUAUUGUGAUAUUUCUAUUCUAUGUGUACUGUAUAUUGUGAGUGGGUCCCUAAGCUCAGUAAGUGACAGCAGCACAGAGCAUGUGCAGUGAAUCAGCAGAAAAGAAGAUGGGGAGCUACUGGGGCAUCUUUGGAGACAGAUCUUUACUGCUAAAGGGCUGUGGUUGCCUUGGACUGGUACAGAAACCCAAUGAUUUAACAAACCAGCCUGCAGUAAAUCUGCAUGAAAGAAAGGGCCAAUAUAGAUUCAUGCAUUGAGUCGGAUACCUGCACACCAAUUGGGUUUCAGGCAGAAAGUCCCUUAUUCCAUGUGGGUGAUCCAGGGGUAGCCUUCCUGGGCUCUCCUCAUUAUGUAGGGACUGAAAUCUUAUGCAGACAGCAUGUUUGAGUUUCAGUGCAUUGAAAUUUAAAAAAAAAAAA